AUGGACGACACGCGCGCCCGAGCCGACGAGGAUAUAGCCCUGGAUUCGUGCCGCUUACGCUCGUCCGCUCGGCUCGGCUUCGCCGCGAGCACCGCCGCCGCCGCCGCCGCCGCCGCCGCUGCCGCUUCCGCUUCCGCUGUCACUGCCACCGCCGUCACCGCGAGCCUCGCUACCUCUACCACCACCUCGACCACCGUCGCCGCCACCUGCCGCGUUGCGAGACGCAAGAGGAAGAAGAGGAGGCGUCAACGGCUCCCUGCGAGCAACGACGACGCGACCGGCACCGUCGCCGUCGCCGUCUCUACCCGUAGCAGCGCUAUCGCCCAGCCGAGCGGGAACGCCGCCGUAGCCGAGAGCACCGCGGCCGACGCCGUCGUCGUCCUCGAGCCCGACGCUGACGCCAACGCGGGUGCCGCGGGCCUGUCGGACUCGGUGGCGGCGCGGGUCGAUAAACCGCCGUCGAGGAGCCGCCACCUCGCCGCAGCCGCCUCGGAGCGGCACGCGUCCCCCGGGGAGGUCCAGCUACGCGUCGGAGGAAGCGGCACGCGCGCGGCCGCCUCCUCCGUCGGCACCGCCGGCGUCACGCUUCUCAAUCGACGCGCCGGCAAACGCUCGCCCCGGCGAUGCAACGCCGCCGGCGGCCGUAGGAGCGCGAUGACGAUGGACCUGCAGCGGCUCAUCAGCGAGGUGCACGCGAGGCCCGCGAUCUGGGACCAGAAGAAUGUCAACUAUCACAAUCGCGACGUCAUACUAAAGAUGUGGCGGGAGAUCGCGAGGGCCUGCGAGGUGUCGACUGACGUCGCCAAGUCUAAAUGGAAGCAUCUGCGCGACAACUUCCGGAACGAGUUGAAAAAGACUUACCGGGGUAAGUGCGACGGUGGCGGCGGCACGGAGCACGAUUCCAAGUGGGUCUGGUUCAAGAGCCUGUUCUUCCUGCGGGACCAAAUGAACUCCAGAGUGAUCGGCUGCAGCCUGUCGCAAAACUGCGUCGGCGCGACGAUCGGUAUGCGCUCGUCUCCGGAUGGCACGCAGAUCGAGCCGCAGAUCGACAUCCUGGAGGGCCACGAGGAGACGCAAUUCGACGACCUGGAUGGCGAUUCCUGCCAGUCGUUGCUGUCCAACGACGACGGUUUGCAUCAGGUGAUGCCGCCGCCGAAGAUGAGCAAGAUAAUCGGCCGCAAACGGACGCUCAUGGACGCGAUCGACAAUGAUUACGGGGUGGAGGUAGACCGAAAGCGAUACGAGUCGUUGCAGAAGAGGCUGGCGAUCGGUUCCGAGGACGAGGACGAUACCUAUCACUUCCUCAUGAGCGUCCGGAAUCCCCUGAGGAGUCUGCCGCUCGACAGGCAGAUGUUCGUUCGACUCAAAAUCCAGGAACUGGUCUACAACGAGAUCAAUUCGCAGAAUCAGCAGCAGACGACGAGUCGCGGCGUCUACGACGCGUCCUCGCAGGGUCAGGAUGUGAAGCCGCCGCGAACCGGAAACGGCGGCAACGGCGUCGGCGGCGGAGACGUCGUCAGCGACAUGUCGAAUACGGCGUCGUUGCUGCAGAAUUGCACGCCCGAGGGCUCCAGUGACGACGCAUUCUUCGGCUGACGAGAACCCAUCGCGAUUUAAUUCGCUUAUAGAAACGUAAGGAUUAUAAUUUUAUUAAUAGAAAAUAAAAACAUGGUAUUUUUUCAGUAACA